AUGGCUGCGGGGAUGUAUUUGGAACAUUAUCUGGACAGUAUUGAAAAUCUCCCCUUCGAACUGCAGAGAAACUUUCAGCUCAUGAGGGACCUGGACCAAAGAACAGAGGACCUGAAGGCUGAAAUUGACAAGUUGGCCACUGAGUAUAUGAGUAGCGCCCGCAGCCUGAGCUCCGAGGAAAAAUUGGCCCUUCUCAAACAGAUCCAGGAAGCCUAUGGCAAGUGCAAGGAAUUUGGUGACGACAAGGUGCAGCUUGCCAUGCAGACCUAUGAGAUGGUGGACAAACACAUUCGGCGACUGGACACAGACCUGGCCCGUUUUGAGGCUGAUUUGAAGGAGAAGCAGAUUGAGUCCAGUGACUAUGACAGCUCUUCCAGCAAAGGCCGGACUCAAAAGGAGAAGAAAGCUGCCCGUGCUCGUUCCAAAGGGAAAAACUCAGAUGAAGAAGCUCCCAAAGCUGCCCAAAAGAAGUUGAAACUUGUGCGCACAAGUCCUGAGUAUGGGAUGCCCUCAGUGACCUUUGGCAGUGUCCACCCCUCUGAUGUGUUGGAUAUGCCUGUGGAUCCCAACGAACCCACCUAUUGCCUUUGUCACCAGGUCUCCUAUGGAGAGAUGAUUGGCUGUGACAACCCUGAUUGUUCCAUCGAGUGGUUCCACUUUGCCUGUGUGGGGCUGACGACCAAGCCUCGGGGGAAGUGGUGAGUGGGAGAGUUGUGGCAGGUGCUGGGCUGCCCCUGAGCUGCGUGGAGGAGAGCACUCCCUCUCACUCACUUUCUCCCUCCGCCUCUCUCUGUCACGUUCCUCUCUAGGUUCUGCCCACGCUGCUCCCAGGAACGCAAGAAGAAAUAGAUAGGGGCCUUGGAUUCCCAUGGUUUCUUCCACAUCCCUGGACCUGGGCUAGUGGGGAGAGGAAAGCCUGUGCUGGGGCCCGGGGGCUCCGGGAGAGUGGAUGGCGCCGUGUAGUCAUCCCUUCUCCCCUCUCCCCACUCCUGGUGCUGAGGCUGCACCCAAACCCUGGUAGGGAGGGGUGCCGCAGCCGCUAACCGUCUGUGCUCUCAUUCAGCCUGCCCCCCUCAGAGGGAAGUGGUCUUGCCCACUGUCCUUUUGCCUCUGUGCUGAGGUUGGUGCUGUAUUUCCAAGGGAUGGUCCUCUUCACUCCCCUUGCUUUGUAUUUAAGGACUGGGGCAGUAGCAUGGGGGCACUCCCCAGCUCUCCGGAUUCCCUCCCCCUGUGGGGGGGCUCUGGUGUGAUAAAUUCUCUUUGUUCUCUUCCUGCUUUUUCCAUGGUAGGGGAUCCCCCAGAGAAUCUGGGCUGUGGCCUUAGUUGAAGGGGCACCCCUUCCUCUGUGCCAAGAGGAUUCAUCCUGGCCUUGUGAGUGGGAGAGGGGGCAAGGUGGAAUGCACAUACACAUGUGUAAAGAAAUUUGAGUAGGUGAAUAAAAGCUAUCCAUGUUGGCCUGCUG